AUGCAAGGUCACAGGCGUGCUCUCCUGACAGGGAACAUCCUGGGUGGCUCAUCUCCCAAGGGCAUCGUGGGGUCACGACUGUGUUUCUCCACUGAACACACCGUGUCCUGCGACUGUGCUCAGAAUGCAGCAGGGGCUGUGAUGUCAGGGCCACGAGAAGUAUGCAUUAAUAUUGCUCCUAUUUUACAGAGCAGAAAAUUGAAGCAUAGAUAAAGUAACUUCCCACAGCCAUUAGCCAUUCUAAUUCCAGAAAGUGAGCUCUUAUCAUUCUGCUACCAAAUAUUUUGAAAAGAAGAAAAAGACAAGAAGACAACAGAGUCCACUGAUUAUUUCAUAUGACAGUCACACCAUGCCAUUCUCUCACGCUUGCAGACAAACCUGGCCGUUAAACAUUCUUCAAUGACUAUCUGA